AGACAGCGUAUCUCUCUUUCUCUCUCUUGCGCGUCUUUCUCAGACACACUCUCGAAGCUUGUCCUCCGAAGUCUACUUGUUAGGUUGAUUUCUUUCUUAUCGGGUUUCGAAUUCAACACCAUACUUGAUUGGGAGCUCGUUUCGGUGAAGGAUUUCGGUAAUUGGAUUGCAUGGAGAGGCAGCGGCGACUAUUUUGAGUAGAUGAUCAAACCGUCAGGUGGCAACUGCUGCUGUAGGGCAGAGUGGGUAAAAGGAACAAAACGCAGUGCUUGGUUAGAUUAUUGGAUAUGACCGUAGGGAAGAAAGCUAAGUACCCUGGUGGGUACUAUGGUAAUGCAUUUGAGACGGCGGGUGAAUCAGAGGGUUCCGGUUGCUCGGGCCGAAUUGACACUGAGCUUACGGCUUCAGAAGAUUCAAGUACCCCAAUGAGGAAAUGUAUUAGUUUAAAUUCCAAUAAUCGUGACACAUUUGGUGUUCCCAUGCAAGUUCAUUCCUUGUCAAACAUGUUGCCAUCUGAAAGAAAGGAGUUAGUGCAUAGGUUGAAAUCGGAACUUGAACAUAUUCAGGUUCUUCAGAAGAAAUUUGAAUUGCAAAGGACAAAUGCUGUAACUGUGUCAUCAUCUAGUGAUAUUCUUAGCUGCAGUAAUGGACAAAUUGGGCCACGGAUAGAAAAUGUCAAAAAAUCAUCAGCAAUGACUUCUGGGCUGGUAAAGAAAUCAAAUCCCCUGGGCCAUGGGCCAGGAAAGAAAUUGAAUUCUGCAGGUCAGAAGCAACGUGGGUGGAAUCGUGGUACUUCUGGCAGGUUUGAGUCCACACCAAGCACUGCAAAUGCAAUUUUGAUGAAACAGUGUGAGAGUCUGUUGAAACGUUUGAUGUCCCAUCAGUAUGCUUGGGUUUUUAACACCCCUGUUGAUGUAGAGAAGUUGAAUAUUCUGGAUUAUUACACUAUCAUUAAACAUCCUAUGGAUUUGGGAACAAUAAAGAACAAGUUGGCCUCAGGAGCUUGCUCCUGCCCGUUGAAUUUUCUUGGUGAUGUGAGGCUUACCUUUGCCAAUGCAAUGACCUACAAUCCACCUGGAAACGAUUACUACAUCAUGGCUGAUACUCUUAGUAAAUAUUUUGAAGUGAGAUGGAAAGCUAUUGAGAAGAAACUACCCAAGGCUGAUGCCCAACCAUUACCGGCAAAAUCUGGUUCUCAUGAAGGCGUGGAAAUUGCUAAAAGAGUGAUGCCUCCCUCAAAAAAGAGGAAAAUCACUUCACUGCCUCAUGAAGUCAUGCCAAAGCCUGUUAAGCGUGUAAUGACUGCUGAGGAGAAGCACAAUUUAGGCAGAGAAUUGGAGUCUUUGCUUGGAGAAAUGCCUCUUCAUAUCAUUGAUUUCUUGAGGGAGCAUAGUUCUAAUGGAAGGGAAUGUGGAGAGGACGAGAUUGAGAUUGAUAUUGACGAUCUCAGUGAUGAUACCUUGUUCACUUUACGGAAGCUUUUGGAUGACUAUUUGCAGGAGAAGCAAAAGAACCAUCCAAGGGCUGAGCCUUGUGAAAUAGAGCUGUUGAAUGAAUCAGGGCCGAGCAAUUCAUCCAUGCAGCCCUGCAAAGGGAAUGACCCGGGUGAUGAGGAUGUUGACAUUGGUGGAAAUGAGCCUCCUAUCUCAAGCUACCCUUCUGUGGAAAUAGAAAAGGAUGCAGCCAAUAGAAGCAGCCGCUGUAUCAGCUCAGGCAACUCCAGUGAUUCAGACUCUAGCAGUUCUUCUGAAAGUGAAUCUGAUGCAAAGGUGCCAGAAACUGUAGAUUCUGGGGCUCAAUUAGACGAAAAGACUAGUGUUGCUGAUCCUCUUGAAGGAAAUCAAUCUGUUAGUGGAUUGGAUCAAGUUGAACAGACUUCCCAGCAAAAGCCAAGUUCUGUUGAAUCAGAUUGCCAUCAAGAUGGGGACAGUGGUCCAACUGAGAGGCAGGUCUCCCCUGAAAAGCUCUAUCGGGCUGCUCUUUUAAAGAGCCGAUUUGCUGAUACAAUCUUAAAUGCUCGAGAAAAGACAUUUCCACAGGGUGAGACAUGGGAUCAUGAGAAAGUGCGACGGAAAAGGGAGGAGCUGGAACUGGAGAAGUCUAAAGAGAAAGCGCGGUUACAAGCAGAAGCCAAGGCUGCUGAAGAUGCUCGAAUGCGAGCGGAAGCAGAAGCUGCUGCUGAGAUCAGACGCAAGAGGGAGCUCGAGAGAGAAGCAGCACGGCAGGCAUUGCUGCAGAUGGAAAAGACUGUUGAAAUCAAUGAUAAUUCUCGGUUUCUCGAAGACUUAGAAAUGCUUCGGACUGCCCCUGCGGAUCAAUUACCCAGUUCUGUAGAUGAGACAAGCCCAGAUCACUCACAGGAUGGCUUGGGUGGUUUCAAGUUUGGGGGCUCUAACCCUUUGGAACAACUUGGUUUGUUCAUGAAAGAGGAUGAAGAGGAGGAAGUUGAGCCACCCAGUAAUCCUGUAAAUGAUGUAGAGGAGGGAGAGAUUGAUUAAGUUACAUCACUUUUUGUGUUCAUUAAUGAAUUUAGUAAAGAAUAGAAAUGAAGUUCAUUUGUUUUAGGGUCUCUUUGAA